AUGGUCUAUCUCGCUCGGUUGGGGCCCAAGACGAAUCGGUGUCGUCCCUCCGCUGAUGUUGGUGAUGGUGAUGGCAAUGGCGUUCGAGCGCCCUUCUAUCGUCCCGACGCUCAGCGGAUCUAUGUCGUGGUCGCUGAUUGGGCGAAGCUUCUUCGCCGUCUUUCUCAUGCCAUACCCGAGGAAGAUCCCAACUCUACCAUCCUCGGCAAUGUCAAAGACAACAUCAAGAUCGAGAACAUGAGCCUAGCUAGCAACCUCAACACCGACGCACUCGUCGGCAUCCCCACGCUCCGUACCAUGAGCUUCAAGAACAACAGCUUCGGGGGUGCCAUCCCGGACCUGACCAAGUUCGCCGGCCUCCGCUCCGUCUACCUCUCCAUAAAUAGGUUCUCCGACGAGGUGCCCGACGGCCUGUACUUCUCGCGGUACCAAUUCUCCGGGCUGAUUUCGAGCUCGCUUGCGUGUUCGGCAAGGCUCCUGAAGCUACGCAUCGACGACAACCAGUUCGACGGUCGGAUCCCCAAUUUCUGGCAGCCGGGACUAUGGUUGUUCGCCGGCAACGACGAUCUGUGCGACGUGCCUCUGAGCUACGAAUACGGGUCUCCGAGGAGGUCGCCGGGAUUCAUCGCGGGGAUCAUCCUCAUUUACAUCGCCGUCUCAUUAGCAGCAAUUGGAUCGUCAUUCAUCUUCCGCCGGUCUCAGAAGCAGCACACGGACGCAGGAGGGGUGCUUCCGACGACCCAAGCCGCCAAGAUCGAGCUUGUUCCGGCGAACAGGGAGGAGCAUGCGAGCGGGCGCAGUGGAAAGAAGAUACCAAAGGAGGAGCAGGACCAGCUGGCGUUCGUCAAGGAAGGCAGGGUCAAGUUCAACAUCCAGCCCGUCAAGUUUCGCCUUUCUCUCCGCCACCACGCGGACUGCAAAAGGAUGCAGUGUUUGGAGGCCCUGCACCAUCUAGAUGAGAAGGAAAAGAAGAAUUGCUUCCCUACUGUGCAAAUCAUCACAACGUUGAUUCACGGUGCUGGUCUUGCAAAGAACCCUCACCAUGCACGCAAGUUGUUCGACGAAAUGGGUGAAAGAGGUCUAACUCCCGACAGGGCGGCUUAUAAUGCUCUAGUGGGCGCGUUUGUAAGGGCGGAUGAUCUUAAGUCUCUUUUGGUGAUCAUGGACAAGAUGGAGAAGUUGGAUGAAUGCGAAAGGAAAAAGUUCCAAUUCAAAGGGAGUGUAUGAGCUGCGAGAUUCCAUUGUUCUAGAACACGAUCUGUUUCACGAUAAAAGUCAAAUUGAAGACAAGGAAGGCUUAGAAUCAGAUUCGGCAGAAGGAAAACUGCAGAAAUUUAAUGCUGAUACAUUGUAGUAAAAAGGUGUAAUCUGCCAUCCAGCUUUACACAGUCAGAGAGAAAUUAUGGGGAGUUGCAAACUGAAUAUUUCAGUUUACCUCCGUUUGAAGAGGUAUUUAAACGAGAUGGUAAUUCUGCC